ACGCACCACAUCACUCUGCUUACUCUGCUGAGCCGUGCAAAGGUGCACGUGGAAACACAAGUCACCGUUGGUUCCUACUGUGCAUCAUUAUUAUAUGUCCCCGUACUGCAAAACAUAGAGGACACUAGUUCCUAUCUGGAACAUUCAUGUUUUACGCUUUUUUAUUUUUUUGUAAUAAUUCAUUUCCAUGCAUUCAAACUCAUCCCACCUACACUACUGUAUUAAAAUAUGUUUUCAAUGGAGAGAACAUUGACGCCUGCCUGACGUUGAUCCGACCAAGACGUGCUCCUGUGCGUCAGCACGUCACCCGACGUCCUCCUAUAACGCCGGCACGUCACCCGACGACAUCCACGGCGCUGAGCGCGGGAGCAAUUUCAACGUGAGGUCUCGUUUCUGAAUAACAUCUUUUUUUCCCGCCGGCUUCUUCUCGCCGCAGAAUUUGAACAGGGGCGAUGCCGAGCUCCAGCAAGCUGCUGACCCUGGUGCUGGUGGUCCAGCCGGGCAGGGUGCUGCUCGGCAUGAAGAAGCGAGGGUUCGGGGCUGGGAAGUGGAACGGCUUCGGGGGCAAAGUUCAGCCCGGAGAAACCAUUGAAGAUGGUGCGAGGCGAGAACUGCUGGAGGAAAGCGGCCUCACGGUGGGCGCUCUCGAGAAGGUCGGAAACCUCACGUUCGAGUUUGUUGGUGAAGCGCAGCUGCUCGACGUCCACGUUUUCAGAGCUGACCACUACAACGGAGAACCAACCGAGUCAGAAGAAAUGCGGCCUCGGUGGUUCAAACAGGACGAGAUCCCUUUCAGCCAGAUGUGGGCCGACGACAACCUGUGGUUCCCACUGCUGCUCCAGAAGAAGAAAUUCGUCGGAUACUUUAAGUUUCAGGGUCACGAUGUGAUCCUCAGCCAAAGACUGGAAGAGGUGGAGGACCUGUGAGAAGAACUGCGUUUCACAGGACUUUCACGAGCGUGACAGCGACAGGCGUCGGCCUCCCGAGGCGCUUCCUUAAAUGCGAAAUAGAUCCCAGCGUUGCCCCUUAAGUUCAACGGUUUACAAAUGACACAUUCCACUCUUCACACACCCAUAAAUCAGUCAGAAUGAAGACGGACAGAAAUAUACAC